AUGUUGACUUAUCUAUUUCCGACGGAGCUAUUGCUCCAAAUAUUCCAAUCUUGCACGUCUAUUGCCGACGUCUUGAAUCUAGCACUUACCUGUCGCCGCUUUCACGGCAUUUUUGCAUCAUCCCAAAAGUUACCGCUGCUCGCCUACGCCGCAGAAGCCGAGUAUGGACCGCUGAAAGAUAUUAUUCAACUUGUGACUCAGAACUCCAGCCAGCCAGCGCAUAUGAUUCGUGAAGCUCCGCUUUCGAUGAACUUACUCCAACAAAUCGUUGCGGUUGGGCGUGUUGCAAAAAAGUGGGAGGAGAUUUAUCCUGUCAAGAAGUGGAAGAUUGACUUCGAGGAUAGACGACUAUUGACAGACGACGAACGGUACACCCUUCGUCGUGCCAUUUAUCGAUUGUGGCUAUAUUCUCGUUCUUUUCAUAGCCCAUUUUAUCCACGUGCAUCGCGAGCUGUACUUGGAGUAGUUCGCGAGCGAGCGGAGUUGCUACAUAAUUGGUCGACUGGUGAACUGGCUGAGAUGGAAGAUACACGACUAGUGAUUCGAGAAGUGGUGCAGAAUCACAUUUGCCCCAGCAAUGGUACAAUCCAACGAAAGUUCCACAAGCGCUUUCCGGAGAAUGCACAGUCCCUGUCAUUUAACAUUCACUUGAACUACCCACCUUUGCACGGUUCAUCCGACUUUCACUUUGCAGAUCCCUAUCGCUCGCACACUCCUCCGCACGAGCAGGAAACCUUCUUCCUUGACCCUUCGAAGCACGAUCGUCUUGGCGCAGGUUACCUUACCGGCUCAACGAACAAGUAUGCCACCAAGUUCCGUUCUGAUCUAUAUCAUGACCCAGGCAUCGAAGGCUGGGGUGAUGAAAUUCCACACUACUACGUGGUGGAAGACAUGUUGAAACUCGAUCCGGGACAGGUCAUCUGGCUGAGGGAGAAUGCGCGGCUCAAGGAGCAAGUUGAACGAUACGUCAAGUCAAUCGGAGACUGGUUUGAGAAUAACGGUGAAACCUUCGGUCAGACCCUUGAGUGGGUAAUUAAUGAGCGCGGAGAAGAUCUAGAUGCUUUCAAAGAUGCUAUCUGUGACCAGGAACUAGGCAUCGCGAAGACGGGUUUCUGA